AUGUCUUAAUAAGUAUUAAUUUGCACAAAUUAAAAUAGUAUAUUAAAUAAUAUGAUCAAUUGGAAUAAAAGAUAAAACACUUUAAAAAGCUUAUAAAAAAUUGUAUAUUGGAGAAAACAAAAAUUUAUAAUAGAUUCCGAUUCUGUGCAAAAUUAGCGGAUAAUGUACACGAUGAUUGA